AUGGACACAGCACGACGAUACUUCUUCGGCCUAAACCCAGAGGAGCAAAAACGCAAAUGCAACUCCCUCCUCCGCUCCAACACCCGCAAACUCGACCGCGACCUCGCGCAACUCAAGACCCUCGAGGCCAAAACCCGCACCUACAUCCUGCAAGCCUCCAAACGCGCCUCCCGCAACCCCUCGCAAGCCACGCAAGCCCGCGCCGAAACGCGCAUCUUCGCCCGCGAACUCCUCCGCGUCCGCAAACAAGAACAACGUCUCGCCACCUCCAAAGCCACGCUCGCGAGCGUGGGCAUGCAAGUCAACGAAGCCUUCGCCAUGCGCAAGAUAGAAGGGAGUAUUAAGAAUAGUACCGGCAUCAUGCGGGACGUCAACUCCCUUGUCCGCUUGCCGGAGCUGAUGGGGACGAUGCGGGAGUUGAGUCAGGAGUUGGUCAAGGCAGGGAUUAUCGAGGAGAUGGUCGAUGAUACUUUGGUGCAACCGGAGGAUGCGUUGGGGGAGGAUGAGGAGGCGGAGGCGGAGGUUGAUAAGGUGUUGGGGGAGAUUUUGAAGGACAGGGUCGCGACGCCGGGGGUCCAGGUACCGGAGAAGCUGGUGGGGACGCAGCCGGUGGAGGAGGAGGAAGAGGAGGAGAUGGGGUCGGAGGAGAUGUUGGCGCAGAUGAGGGGGCGCUUGGAGGCGUUGAAGAGUUGA